GAAGCCAUUUUGGACUCAGUUCAGUUCCGUGCAUGUCAGAAUCGGACCCUGUCCAGCCAUUCUCACUCUGAACAGGAUAAGCUUCACACACGGACCGGCUUUUGGGUGGAAAUCACUCAUUGUUUCAUGCUGGAAGGCGUUUCUGUUGGAAUAGCCGCUUUUCCUGAUGGAUUUCUGCAUAUGUUAAAGUUUGAUUGGGUGGACAUCAGGCCGACGGUCACUCGGGCUCGUGUGUGUGUGUGUGAGAGAGGGAGAGAGUGUGUGUGAGUGAGUGAAUGUGUGCAUAUGUGUGUGUGUGUUUCCACCGAUCGUUUUAAAUGUGUGCGAAGCAGAAGACACUAAAAAGGAGAAAACCUGGAGUGUUUUUGUGCCAUUAGAGGAAUAUGCUCGCUUCCUGGCUGACUUUUGCACUUCUUCUGGGAACUUUUUGUGCAGGACCCAGUCAUGGAGAGGUGGAGACGCGCGAAUGCUUGUACUUCAACAUUAACUGGGAGAUCGAGAAGACGAACCGCAGUGGUGUGGAGAGAUGUGAGGGAGAGAAGGACAAACGCUCGCACUGUUACGCCUCCUGGAGGAACAACUCCGGCAGCAUCGAGCUGGUGAAGAAGGGAUGCUGGUUAGACGACUUCAACUGCUACGACAGACAGGAGUGUGUGGCCACAGAGGAAAACCCUCAGGUGUUCUUCUGCUGCUGUGAAGGAAACUUCUGCAACGAGAGGUUCACACACCUGCCCGACGUCAGCGGACCAGUGAUAGAGCCUCCUCCUGCCCCGCCGUCGCUGCUGAACGUGCUGGUUUACUCUCUGCUGCCCGUCACCAUGCUCUCCACGGCUCUCCUGCUGGCCUUCUGGAUGUACCGGCACCGCAAGCCUCCCUACGGACACGUGGACAUCAACGAGGACCCGGGCCCGUCUCCUCCUUCCCCGCUGGUGGGCCUGAAGCCUCUUCAGCUGCUGGAGGUGAAGGCCAGAGGACGCUUCGGAUGCGUGUGGAAGGCUCAGAUGAUGAACGAAUAUGUGGCCGUCAAGAUUUUCCCCAUUCAGGACAAGCAGUCGUGGCAGAACGAGUGGGACAUUUUCUCUACGCCGGGCAUGAAACAUGAAAACCUCCUGCGCUACAUCGCUGCGGAGAAACGCGGAAGCAACCUGGAGACUGAGUUCUGGCUCAUCACAGAGUUUCACGAGAGGGGUUCGCUGACCGACUAUCUGAAGGGGAGCGCGCUGAGCUGGAACGAGCUGUGUCACAUCGCAGAAACCAUGGCCUCCGGUCUGGCGUACCUUCACGAGGACGUCCCGCGGUUUAAAGGAGAAGGUCCUAAACCUGCGAUUGCACACAGAGACUUCAAGAGUAAGAAUGUGAUGCUGAAGGCCGAUCUCACCGCUGUGAUCGGGGACUUUGGGUUAGCGGUUCGGUUCGAGCCGGGUAAACCACCGGGAGACACACACGGUCAGGUCGGCACGCGGAGGUACAUGGCGCCGGAGGUUCUGGAGGGAGCGAUCAACUUCCAGCGGGACGCGUUUCUGAGGAUAGACAUGUACGCCAUGGGGCUGGUGCUCUGGGAGCUGGUGUCCCGCUGCAAAGCCUCCGACGGUCCUGUAGACGAGUACAUGCUGCCGUUUGAGGAGGAGAUCGGCCAGCAUCCGUCGCUCGAGGAUCUUCAGGAUGUGGUGGUGCAUAAAAAGAUGCGGCCGGUGUUUAAGGACUGCUGGCUCAAGCAUCCGGGUCUGGCUCAGAUGUGCGAGUCGAUCGAGGAGUGCUGGGAUCAUGACGCCGAGGCUCGUCUCUCCGCGGGGUGUGUGGAGGAGCGUCUCUCUCAGAUCCGCCGGAUCUCCAGCUCUUCUACCUCAGACUGUCUCCUGUCCAUGACCUCGGUCACCAACGAGUCCAGCAUCUGAAACUCCACGCGAAACACAUUCAAGCAGCUGCUAUUUUAUCACAACCUUUUUUUAACUUUAUUAUUAUUGUUAUUAUUAUUAUUAUUAUUUUUCUGAUCGGAUCAGUAACUACCAGCACACUUCUCUACUGUAUUUUUAUCAUUAGAGCAAAAACGCGAAAGAUUUUUAAAAAUACGACGCGCAUUCAGGUGCCGACAAAUGAAUGCUGACCGGUUGCAGGUACCUCAACAUUUCACUUGGUUUUACUCUUUUUUUUUUUUUCUUUUUUUUUUUCUCGUUCUGUUCCGUCCGUCGGACAGGAUCGUCUGUGAAAAGAAACCGAUACACGACGGCUUCAUCUCGGCCGUGUCGGAUCAUUCAACAGUGCUGCAAAACCUGCGAGGAUCAUGACUGUUACACGCGCAAUCCAACCUCCUCGCGGGAUCUACCUUUUUAUUUCUCUCUCUCUCUCUCUUUCCGAAAGUGUGCUAUUCGAAAUUACGGAAAACGUGUCUUUUACGGAACUAACGGGUGUUAAAGAACACGGAAAACGCAACUGGACUAAUUUCUUUCUUUCUUUCUUUUUCUUUCGUUUGUUUUUUUCAAUUUUUUUCUUCAUGCUGUUGAAGUUGGUGACUGUGAAAAGGUUGGUUGGGGAUUUUAUUGAGUGGAUAUGAGUGAAAUCUCUCGCUGGCUUGCAUGUGGAAAUGUCGGAGGUCAUGAGAGCGUUUAGUUUGGUACGGGAAUCUUUCUCAGGUAUCCAGUGUCAAGGGUCCAUGACUGCCUUUCCCACAGCGUUAUAGGACCGAGAGAAGCAUAACAGUGCCCUGAUCAAGUUAACACUAAUUACCUACACGAAACAUGCAAGACCGUGUGUGUGUGUUUGUGUGUGUGUGUGCUGAGAGAUUGUUGAAAAAGAGAAAAAAAAAAAAAAAAAGACCAUAAAAAGUGUUUGUUUCUCCUGUCUAGUUUCUCUUGUAAUAAUGCAAUGUGUUUUGGAGUGAAGGACUCGCACGGCAUUCUGGGUCACAUUUUACCUCAAAAACGCAAAGAAAAAAAAUAAAACACCUUUUUUUUUACAUGUUUAUGACAAUUAAGCACAUUUUCUCUCAAAUUCACACGAGCGUUAUUAUGCAUCCGGAUUAUUUACCUAUAUUUAUGGUGUUUUUUUGAUUUUAUUACUGUAAUACAGUGAUUUUAAUUGAGAAAAGUUGAUGUAUAAAACUGUGUUUUCCUCCAAAUUCUCAUAAAGGUAAAGAAUCCAGAUCCAGCUUAGAGUUUUUUUGAUAAUAAUCCUCAUCAUUCGAAGUAGAUUCUUAUUACCGUAAUUUUAAUAAUUUACGCUUGUUUUAAUGAAUUAACUCAAUACAGGUAGGCCUGAUUGUAUCUUGACCAGAUUUUCUAAUUAAAAUCUGUAAUAUAAUAAUUCGUCCAGGCAGUCCAAAAAAUAAUAAAAUCAUGUAUAAAAACAUGUUUUAUACCAAAUUAUCUUGACUGUAAUGCAUCAGGAUUUUGCAUUGUUUUCAAUGUUGUUUCUAAGUUGAUUCUUAUUACUGUAAUAUAAAAAUGUAUGAUUGUUUUAAUAAAAACACGAAUAUUGCAAUUAUCUAUACAUUGAAAUAGUAAAAGAAAAUGUGCUUUAUAGUCAAAAAUAUAUAUAUAGGGUAAAGCAAAAUAUGAUUAAUUUUUUUUUCUUUGACUUGAGUGUGAAAUAUGAGCCGGUUUUGUGCGCUUCACGCAGGAAGUGUUUAGUUUCAUGUGUCGGGUCCCUUGCAUUACCUCUUUCUAACAGGGACCAAAUCUGAGAUCUGACCUCCGGACAUUCAGACUUUCAUUCUGCAAAUUUGAGAUCGUUUGACUAAUUAGUAAAGAAAAGAUGAAAAAAAAAACACUAGAAUGAUAUUUAUCUUGUCUUAAAAGUGGCAGACGGUGAUCCACAUUUCCAUAUGCCAUAAUUCAAGAGUGAAUUUCCACAGUGCUGCUGCUCGGAUGAAAGAAAUGUCCCGUAUCUUCUCAGUAAAGUUCAUCCUCAGAUGCAACCGCGCGUCACCAGACAUUCAAAAGGCUUCCGAGACGAAAGAGCGCAACUCGAAACAAUAAAAAAUUAGUUAUGAAAGGACAAAAAAAAAAAAAAAAGCAUUAAAGAUAUUGUUCAUAAACCACAGACCACCUCAGACCAGAAAUACCUCAGAUUUUCUACGUGUUUGACUUCUGUUAUAUAUAUUUUGUUAGUUGUGUUGACUUGUAGUAAGUAUAUUUUGAUGUAAGUUGACUUUUAUGAUUAGGGAAGAGGUUUUGGAGAAGUAAAAACAA